UGUUCUUCACCUUCUCUCAGUUAAAAAUCAAGACUUUCGAUUUCUCCAUGAGAGAAGCACAGCAUAUAUACUUGUGGAACAGAACAUAUAGUAUAUUCUUCCCUCUCUCCUCUUUAUUGUAACCCCCACUUCUCCCUUAGCUUAUAAAAACGUCAUCUUUAAUUUUUCUUCCGGCCAAAAGCAGAGGACCCAUAUCAUUUUUCAUUGAUUAGCCGGAGCUAAUUAAUAAAGCUUCAGGCAACCCGGCCAUCUAAUGAGUUCUCCAAACAAGAAUGCAUUUUUUCUCUUUCUCUGCGUUUUUCUAUCAGAGAUUGUUUAUCUGUGCUUCUCUUCUAAGGUGUAUGUGGUGUACAUGGGGAGCAAAGCGGGAGAUGAUGACCCAGAAGAGACCUCGAAGAAACAUCACUAUAUGCUAACUUCUAUUCAUGGUGGAAGAGCUGAGGAGGCUAAGGCAUCUCAUGUGUACAGUUAUAAGAAUGGUUUUAAUGGGUUCGCUGCAAAGCUGACACCGGACCAGGCCACUGAAAUUGCUAAAAUGCCCGCAGUGGUAUGUGUAUUUCCCAAUGCCAAGAGGAUCCUUCAUACAACCCGUUCCUGGGACUUCUUGGGCCUUGGCGGCCAAGAAACUAUGGAAGUUCCUGGCUUUUCCACCGAGAACCAAGUUAAUGUUAUUAUCGGCUUUAUUGAUACAGGGAUUUGGCCCGAAUCGCCCAGUUUCAGUGAUGCUGACAUGCCACAGGUGCCAGAGAGAUGGAGGGGCCAAUGCCAAACAGGAGAGGCCUUCAAUGCUUCAACAUGCAACAGGAAGAUUGUUGGUGCGAGAUAUUACACCAAUGGCUACGAAGCCGAAGAAGAAGAGGUGGUGGGGAAGGAGUCGUUCAAGUCAGCCCGGGACAGCUUGGGUCACGGAAGCCACACGGCGUCAACAGCAGCCGGCCGUCAUGUUGCAAACAUGAGCUACAAAGGCCUCCUCGCAUCUGGAGAAGCCAGAGGUGGCGCCCCUCAAUCCAGGAUAGCUAUUUACAAGGCUUGUUGGAACUCGGGCUGUUACGACGCGGAUCUGCUGGCGGCGUUCGAUGACGCCAUCGGAGACGGCGUUGACGUCGUGUCGCUGUCUCUGGGCCCGGAUGCUCCCCAGGUCGACUACUUCAACGACGCCAUCUCAGUCGGUUCGUUCCAUGCCGUGAGCCAUGGGAUUGCGGUGGUUGCUUCCGCCGGCAACCAAGGCUUCCAGGGAUCCGCUACUAACCUUGCCCCUUGGAUCAUCACUGUUGCUGCUACUUCUACUGACCGGGAUUUCACUUCCCACAUCUUAUUUGGGAACGGCGUUAACCUCACGGGUGAAAGCCUUAGCUUACUUGAAAUGACAAACUCCACAAUAAUCAUACCUGCAUCCACGGCUUUCAAUGGAUAUUUCACGCCAUAUCAAUCCAGUUACUGUCUGGAGAGUUCUCUGAAUAGAACAAAGGCGACAGGGAAGGUUCUCGUGUGUCAACAUGCAGAGAGCUCCACCGAGUCAAAGGUGGCAAAGAGUGUGGUGGUCAAAGACGCAGGUGGGAUUGGUAUGGUUCUGAUUGAUGAUGCAGAUAAAGAUGUUGCUGUUCCCUUUGUCAUUCCUGCUGCCAUUGUUGGGAAACAAACGGGAGAUAAGAUCCUUUCUUACAUUAACAGAACAAGGUUACCUUUGUCAAGGAUUCUAUCAGCAAAGACUGUAUUAGGUACUCGGCCUGCGCCACGUGUGGCUGCCUUCUCUUCAAGAGGCCCUAAUUCUGUAACUCCCGAAAUAUUGAAGCCAGACAUUGCGGCUCCAGGUUUGAAUAUCCUAGCUGCUUGGUCUCCAGAAGCAGCGGCAAAAGUGAACUAUAAUGUACUCUCUGGAACUUCCAUGGCUUGCCCUCAUGUCACAGGAAUUAUAGCCUUGAUAAAAGCUGUUCAUCCCUCAUGGUCUCCGUCUGCGAUCAAAUCUGCAAUCAUGACUACAGCUACAGUUUUGAACAAGCUUCACAAGCCCAUUUCUGUGGACCCAGAUGGAAGAAGGGCAAAUGCAUUUGACUAUGGCGCCGGUUUCAUUUCCCCAACCAGAGUCCUUGACCCCGGGUUAGUGUAUGAUGCGCAACCAACAGAUUACAAGGCCUUCCUUUGCUCGAUCGGCGGUCAUGAUGAGAAAUCGCUGCACUUGAUCACCGGAGACAACACAACUUGUGAUCAAACGCCCCCUUCACCCUCUGCCCUUAACUAUCCAUCCAUCACAGUUCCAGCCCUUAAUGGGGAGGUUUUGGUCACUAGGACAGUGACAAAUGUGGGAAAACCAGUGAGCGUGUACAAGGGGGUGGUGUUUCCUCCAAAGGGAGUCAAUGUGACCGUGGUGCCUAGACAGCUUUCAUUUAGUCACUAUGGUGAGAAGCUUAACUUCACCUUAAUCUUUAAGGUGGCUGCUCCAACACAAGGCUAUGUUUUUGGUUCCUUGUCAUGGAGGAGCAAGAACAUCUGGGUUACUUCGCCGCUUGUUGUGGGAGUUGCAGAUUCCUAGAUCGAUUAGGGUGUAAUAUCAGACAGCAAAACUUACCAGCAGAUACAUCACAAUGUAUUACUAGUACAAAAAACACAACUUCAAGAUCGAAUGAAAUGUAAAUUAUUGAAUUUCUGUCUCUGGUCUUGGGCAUUGUUCUGCAAGCUAAAUUCUCCUAGUUGACCUCUUAUUAGCAAAAGAAACAUAAACAGCUUGCUUGAUACACACCGAGCUCAAUCUGUCAAUUCUAACAU